CCCUUCCGGCGGCGGCAGUGGUGGCCUUUCCACUACUUGGCCCGGCUCCCCAGGCCGCAGGUCCCGUCCUCCCCCGCCAUCUGUUGCAGGGCACGGCGGCGGCGCCGCAGGAUCAGGCCCCUUGGCCGGCGCUGGGGAUUGCAGUACUCGGAGGAACUUGCACUGGUAAAAAGGCAUUCUUGCUCUGACAAUUUUGUAAUAGUCAAAAUGUGGAAUGCUGUGGCUAAAAACCUAUUAAGGACUAAAGUCCACCAAGACUGUUCACGCACUCUGCUGCUAGUGCAAAAGGGCAGGAGUAUUCUUACAAGACCGCCUUCCUCUAGGAAUCAUUGGCAGCAUACAGCUGGAGCAGUUCAGCCUUUCAGCAUGAGUACAAGUAUCCAGAAGGUGGAAGCUUUGGACGUGAAUAAUUUUGUCCGUAUUCAGUGGGAAGAUGGGAGUAAGAGCCUUUACCCUGCUGUAUGGCUAAGAGACAACUGCCAGUGCCCUGACUGCUUCCUGCAUUCUGCUAAAGCACGCAAACUGCUUUUGGAAGACCUGGAUGUUAACAUUGGGGUGAAGGAGGUCACUUUGACAGAUAGACAAAAGGUGUAUAUUACAUGGCCAGACAAACACACCAGUGAAUUUGAGGCUGAAUGGCUGAAGAAAAGGUGCUUUUCUGAACAAGCAAGAGCAGAAAUGCAAGAAGAAUUAUUUUUACCAGAAUGUAAAUAUUGGGGCUCAGAUCUGCAGCUCCCAAAUAUGUCUUUUGAAGAAGUCUUACACAGUGACGAAAGUGCCUACAAGUGGCUUUCCACCCUUAAAAAAGUAGGAAUUGUGCUGUUAACAGGAGCUGCCACUAGACAGGGAGAGUUGGUUAAACUUGGCAAAAGGAUUGGUUUCCUGCGUCUCACAUUUUAUGGUCCUACUUGGCAAGUGGAAGACAAAUUCGAUGCUAAUAAUGUGGCUUACACAUCUGGGAAGCUCAGUUUUCACACUGAUUAUCCUGUUCUGUAUCAUCCACCUGGGAUUCAGUUUCUUCAUUGUAUAAAACAAGCAGCUACUGGAGGUGAAAGUGAAGUUGUAGAUGGAGUUCACGUAUCCAACAAGCUGAAGGAGCAAAAUCCUCAAGCCUUUCAAAUCCUCUCCUCCACCCUUGUAGACUUCACGGAUGUUGGGGUCGACUACUGUGAUUUCACUAUGCAGUCUAAACAGAGGAUUAUAGAUGUAGAUUACAGAGGCCAAGUGGUUCGUAUCAAUUAUAAUAAUGCAACAAGAGACACUGUUUUUGACAUACCUGCUGAAAAAGUGCAGCCAUUUUAUGCAGCUCUGAAGGAGUUCAUUGAUCUAUUGAACAGCCCGGAACAUAAGUUUACCUACAAGAUGAAACCAGGGGACAUAGUAACAUUUGACAACUGGCGUUUACUGCAUGGUCGCCGGAGCUACCAAUCAGGAGCAGAAACAUCCCGUCACCUUGAAGGUGCUUAUGCAGACUGGGAUGUGGUAAUGUCAAGACUCCGACUCCUGAGGAAGAUCAUUCAGAAUAGCAAUUAAACUUUCUUCUGGUUUAGCAAUUAGCAAUGCCUCGGACGGUUCAUCUUUGUUUUAAAAAAUACAAAUGUAUUGGAUUUCCAACACCAAGCAUACAUUUUACACCUUCGCUAAUGUAACCUUUGAAAGACUGACCAUAUUUUUUGAAAGUAUGCUUUGUUGAAAACAAUAUCUCUCGUAGUAUGUCUUUAUUCUGCUGUCAUUGUAAGUGGUAUUACAACUUACUGUACUAGUUUGAAACUGGUUAGUACCAAUACAUCACAAAUAGGCCUUCCCUUCUCAGAAAUCAGUCUCUCCAGGUGAGGCAUCAAGAAAAGCCUUUCAUGUGUCACCCAUUAAGUGUUUGUAAUGGACAGCAGCUUUCUGAGAAUUUUAUAUCUAUUUUCAGAGAGAUAAAACCAUUUUAUAGAUAAUGACUCAUUUUCUUUACCCCACCCCCAAAAAACCAACAAUAGCUUUAGAAUCUCCAGUGAGGUUAACAAGCAAUUCUACUCUGAAAAGUGACUAUUCAAAAAUAGCAUCUUCUUACUCAACAGAUCUGCUCUUUGUGUAUGGUUCAGAGCCACUCCUGCUUAAUUUCACACUACAAGUUUUUUGGGUGUUUUUAGUACUUUUUAUUCCAGUUAGCUCUAAGGAGUCCAUACAGCUAUAAGAGAGGAGAUGGACUCAUACCCCUCCUUAUCCGUAGUAGUAUUACAAUACUACCUAAAGUCCAGAGAUCAGACCCCUACUGUGGUGCUUAGCAUAUACUUAGUAGAAGACUCUCCCUGUCCUGAAGAGCUUUCAGUCUGUACAGAUGAAAGGUGUUUUUGGCCCCAUUUUACAGCUAGGAACUGAGGCAUUGAGAGAUUCAGCAUGAGAGUCACAUGGGGGACUAGGCUCAGCAUUGCAAAGGCUAACUUUUAGGCACCUUGCCACUGAGUGGAAUUCACAGCCCUGAGCUAGGCACCUUGGCUCCCUAUACAAUAGAAGGAGAGAAUUAGUUGCCUAAAGAUAGGAUUCACAAAAAGCAGCAGAUUGAGCUAGGAGCCGCCUAAGAUAGCCAGUAGGAAAUGCCAACGAGAGAGAUGUGGCCUAAACUCCACUCUUCAGUAGGUGGUAGGUGCCUAACUCCAGGCCGAAGGGAAUCCCUCCACUUGGGAGUCACAGCCAUGAAGCCUUUCCUGGAAUUCAUUGCCUAAGCCAGGUCAGCCCUUUCCCAAGAAAAACAGAGGAGGGGUCCCCUCCCACCAACACUGGUAGUCACCCGGAACAUGGGAGGCUCUGGUUCAGUUCCCCCUUCUGUCUCAGAUAUCCAUAGUGACCAACAUUUCCAAAAUAAUUUCAGGGAAAUUUGUGGUGGUGUUUAAUUUGCUAAUAACGUCUAUCUGACUAGACACACUAUAUAAGUUCCCUUAUAUUACUUUGCUAAAUAAUACCAUAAAAACAUGUAUUUUAACUUAUUAAUGAUCUUGUUGAAGUACUGUGAACAUAGCACUCUUGCUUUCUUCAGCCUCUCGUUGCUCAGGUAGAGCUGGUAACAGUACUGUUUGCAAAACAAAUUCAUUCUGGUGGCAAGUACACCCCUUAGUGUCUUAGUUUUGAUUUCACUUCUCUGAUGGGUGCAAAUUUUUACACAUAUGCUGAAAAUCCUUUCACACCCAGCACUGCUAUGAGACAAAACUCAGAUAGUUUUGGAAAGCAGUGGAAACUGUGGUGUCCCUGACACUGGACUUUUUAGUUCACCCGUCACAAAAAAAAUCACUAGCAUUGAUUCUGUUUCAAAUUCAAACUUCCUAGUUAACUGGGAGGUACCAAAUUCAUUAUUGAGGCUCUCCAUUUCUUCUGUGGGAAUUACUGGAAAGAUCGUCAGUGUCUUCACUAGAAUAGAAAACUCAUGUCUGCUUCUUUUCCUGAAAUCUAACACAGACUGUAAAAUGUCUUUCUUCUCUGGGAGAUUUUCCAGAAGAGCUUUCCUAGCUUCACUUUCAUUCACUUCACAUCAGAGUAAAAACUUUUGCUGAUAGUGUCACAAUGAGCACUGCAUUGCAUUUCUUCAGAUUUCAGGAAUGGUGAGGCACAAAAUCCAACAAUUUGUUAUCCUCCACUUAGUUUUCUGGAUUUAAGAAAUCUACCUUUGACAAUUCUUUUGUUUCUUUGAGACAGGAUGGCUUUAUGUAUCUUCCAAAGAUCUUUUGAAACAGCUGCAUAAUGCGCAAAAACAGGUAGUACAGUUCAGUUUGUAGAUUUUCAAAAAUUAGUUUGAGAUUUUACACCAGGAUUUUUAUUACCUUGGGGGAAAAAAAUAUGCCUUCAAAGCUGGAUAUUGCUGAAGUAGUCUGGUUAAACAGUGCUGCAAACUUAGCCAUCGACUUAGCACAUAGUUCAAAAAUUUUCUGCUUUCUACACUGCAAAAAUCAUCAGAUUCUUUCAGUAUUUCUUUUCUUUUAGAGCUUCUUGAAAAGUGACCGUAUACUCUAGUUACUGUAUCUUCAACAUCUACUACUAACAUCGGUCUUCUCAAAUACAGAUACAUUGGUCCCUAUAUUGUACUCAUUUAAAUCUAGAAAUCUCUCUAAUACCAGUUCUUUUCUCCAUUAAAUACUACACUAGUAACACCAAUUCUUUGCAAGCUUCAUCAUGGAUUGCAUCGAUACAUACCAUGAAAGGCAUGGAACAGAUUGCAUCGCCAGUUCCCUUUAAAGCAUUCUCAGCAAAGGCUUGAUCAAUAUUGUGUAUUCAUCUUCGAGUGCUGAUCCGUCUGUGUAUUCCACAGUGGGUACACAUGUGUUCCAAGUGCCUGGAGCCGGAGAAUUAUGAAAUCAGAAUUCGUUGGUCCACACAUGUGCCCUAGCUCACCUCAUAACUCUGACCGAGGCUUUCUCUUCCUCGAAAGAUUCUGAACUACCCAAUGAACCAUUAAUUCCUCCUCCAAAACAUGCCUUCCCAGACAGGAGGCCUGGACCAGCUUGGGAUCAACCUCCACCUCACCACCUGCCUCACAGCUGUUGGUACCCCAUGCCAUGGGGACCUCUGCCACCCUCAUCCAAUUCAUUUUAUUGGCCUUAUUGGGAGCCAUGUGACCCAUACCAUGCUGCCGUGUGCUGGGGAACCAUCUCAUCCACCUGUCCGAGAGGGCAAUCAGAGCUGCCUCCUAAUCCAGUUGAGGAGGAGUAGGAAGACAUGCUGGACCCAGCAGUUCCACUAGAACCAACAAGAUUGUCAUCUUCAUCCCCAGAUGAGGUGGUGGCUCUGAUGUCUCCGUCCUUCUGAUCACUAUAAGCAGUUCCAAGAACUACUUUGCAGAAUUGCAGAGGAGCUGCAGAUUCCUCUUAAGGAAGUUCAGGAUCCUCAGCAUAAGCUCCUGGACAUCCUGCUAUCCUCUGGUUCCAGUCAGAUAGCGCUCCCUGUUAACAAAGCCAUACUGGAGUAAGCUAGAGUGCUCUGGCAUACCCCAGUUACUUGUGCCCCUACUCCUAAGAGGGCAGAGAAAUAUUACCAUGUCCCAGCAAAGUGGUGGAAUUUCUGUUCUCUCAUCUUGCCCCAAACUCUUUAGUGGUCCAUGGAGAAAUCUAGGCAGCAACACCCAUGAUCUACUCUAACUGAUAAGGGAGGCAAACAUCUUGACUUAUUGGAAAGGAAGGUCUUUUCUUUUUCUAGCCUUCAGUUCAGGAUAGCCAAUUACCAAGCACUGAUGGCUAAGUACGAUUUUCUGAACUAUUCAGAAUCUGUGGACUUUGCUGACAAGUUUCCGCAGCAGGACAGAGCUUGUUUCCAGGCUUUUAUAGAGGAAGGCAAGAUUGUUGCCAGGACCACUCUUCCAUCAGUGGUAGAUGCAGUUGAGACAUCUUCAGGGGUGAUGGCUACAGCCAUUGCAAUGUGCAGGGAAUCAGGGGUUCAUGCUCCAGGGUUUCCCAGGGAGCUUCAGAAACCGUGGAGGAUCUGCCCUUCAAUGACGUUCAUCUGUUUAACAAAAAGGCAGGUGAGUCUUUGCAUAUCCUGAAGGACUCCAGUGCCACCUUCCGCUCCCUGGGUGUAUAUAUUCCUGCCCCACAAAGAAAUUUCAUAGGCAGUCAGACAAGCCUAGACUGACGGCUCAACAGUUCUAAUGUGCCUAAAUGUUGAACUAAGGAGCCUUCCGCCUCGGUGGCUUGCCCAGCAUCACACAGUCAGUCUGUGGCAGAGCUGGGAAUUUAACCCAGAUCUCCUAGAACCCAGCCCACAAGGACAUCCUUCCUCUCAUGCACCCUUCUUGCAUGAUAAAAUACCCUCCCCAGCUGUACUGCAGACUCACUGUAGGGUCCAGAAUAUGGGACACACGAUGGUGUACAACAGCAAAGUACUGUCAGGUUGCUUGGGUACUACCCUUCACAGAAAUGAAUUUCCUUUAUUCAGAUUUCAAUUUGGAAAAGGGAGGUUUAAAAAAUAUAUUCUGCUAACCAGAACAUAUUUUGUCUGUUAGUUUCUCCCCCCGCCCCCAACAACUCAGGAUUACAGAAACAGGUUAUUUUCACACUCCUGAUAUGAGAAUGUGAGAAACUGAGCGGAUUCUUUAGAACACUAAAGAGUGAACUUUGACAUCUCAGAGUUUGGGCAUCACAUUAUAGUCUGAAGUGACAGCAUAAGCUUGUGGUAUGUCACAAAACCUAGCUUUUAGUAGCUAUUUGAUCCCUCAACAUUUCCUUCAAAAAAUAUGCAGACAGUCUGUUUGUACAUCUCUAUUAAAACCAAAACCCCACAGCA